AUUGGGGUUCUAAAUGCUGGGGCAUAAAGCGUGGGCGGGUGUGUGCCGCAUCAAUUGCCACGAAACGCGACACAUUUGUACAGAAUUCCGAAUUGCUUUAAUUCGGCGAUGACUGCCGAGCAAACAGCACGGAAAACCUCCCCACAAAAGUCCAAACUUUGUUCUAAUUGAGUGUCAAGUUUAGAGAUGAUGAAAAUGAAACUAUGGCUGCUGCCUUUGCUGCACUGCCUGCUGCUCAUCGCACCCCUCAGAGCCAGCUGCCCCAUCUAUCUGACCAUCUCGCUGUCGGGCAAGGCCUUGCAUGACUCUUGCCUGGAGGUUAACUGGGGUCCCGACUGCGCCGGCCCGCCCGAAUGGAUUGGCAUCUAUGGCCAGGAUCCAACCAUAUCCAACUUCCAGCCGGAACUGCGCAUCAAUGGCCUUAACAAUCGAACGGGCAAACUGUCGACGCCCAUAAAGCUGGGCAAGCUGCUGUUUCCCGGUGGCUGGAAUCGUCUGGAUGGCAAUGAGUCGCCGGCCACACGGUAUCCCAGGGGCAAGUGCCUGCCACACUACGUGGCCAGCUACAAUGGCACGGAGCUGCUCACCGUCGAGUGCCUGAAGAUCCAGCCCAAUUGGAUGGCCCAAAUCAAGGACGGGGAACAGAUGCCCCUGAAGAGUCUCUUCCUGCCGGGCACCCAUGCCUCGGGCGCCUUCCUUGCCAGCUACAGCAAGACCAAGUCGCUGCUCGUCAAGGACUAUCUGGUGGCGCAGCAUUUCGAUGUGUGGUCGCAGCUUGUCUUCGGCAUAAGAUAUUUGGACUUUAGUGUGGGCUACAAGUACAUGGACAGUGACAACGAUGCCGACAAUUUCUGGAUAGCCAAUGAGAAUAUGUUCAUCAUACCCCUGGCCGGUGUGCUGCGCGACGUGCGUCACUUUGUGGAACGCUCUGGGGAGCUGGUCAUACUCGACUUUAGCUCCUUUCCCAUUGGCUUCUACAAGCAUCCGGAGAUCUACAGCUCGCUGUUUCACCUGUUGCGCCAGGAGCUGGGCGAGGUGGCCUAUCAGCGGAAUGUGACGCUGGAUGAGCAUUGCGCCAAUCGCAACUUUCGGCAGCUCCUGGCGCUGGGCAUACACGUGGUGCUGUUGUUUCCCACCCAAGAGCUGCCCUACCCGGAGAAUGAAUCGGGGCUGCUCUGCUCGCCGUGGCAGCGCUUCAGCACCAGCUACAUGAACAUCUCCCAGACGCUGGAUUAUAUGCGUUUGCUGUUCAGCAGGAAGCCUGGUGGACCUGUGCAGGAUGAUGGCUGGAUAUUCACCGCUGUGAAGAGCAUGGAGCAGACCCUCAACACGCACAAGCUGCAGACGGCCAAGCAGCGGGCGGCAGUGAUCAAUCCCAAGGUGAAUCAGUGGCUGAAGGGUCCGUGGGGCAUGAACGCCAAUGUCGUGUCCAUGGAUUACUUCAGCAACACGAAUAUCGUCGAUUUGGCAAUAGAAGUGAACGCGCACAAGGCCUUUUUGCUGGCCAACAAGGACAAGUUCAUUAAUUUGGAAAUUUUGCGUUAAAAACGCGGAAAACGUGGCAAUCGUAAAUAUAUCGUAUAUCGUAU